CUAGGUUUGUGAUUGGUGAAAUUGAUUAUGUUGAUGGGCUGGACUAAGGAAGGUGAAGCCAAGCCCUAAUCUGCCAGUAAGGGGUAGAUCUCACCUGGGCCCUCCCAAUACAAACAAGAGUUUAUUUUAAAUACCUGUGAUGAUCAAGGUGUAACCUCAAUGCUAACGUUGACUUGAUAACAGUAACUGGUUGGGGAUACAUCACAUGGCUACAGACUGUGCUUACCUCAGAUGAGGAUUCUGUAAAGUGACCUUAUUCAUAUAUUAUCAAGAUGCUGAAGGAAUUUUGCAUUUUCCCUUUUGUCGAGAAUGAUGAUGUUGAUACAAGCAUAAACAAGAAGAAAAAGGAAGUCGAGACAGAAACAGUAGUGGAGGAGAAACAAGAAAACAGUAUCCAUGACAACAGUGGCCAUGACAACAGUACAAUCAGUGACCAUGACAAUGGGAAGACCACACCCACCCAUAGCAACCAUGACAUGGAGACAGAUGUGGAUAAAGAUGAGUUGAAAGAUACGGUCAUACCUGAUAUACCAGAUAAGGUCAUGAUCCCUGACCCUACUACUGUAGUGAAAGAGAACCAUGAGGAGGUUUUGGAGAAGCCAGUUCUGGAGCCUGAACCUGUGAAGGUUGCAGACCUGCCGUGUAAGCCCCUAGUAUGUGUUGCCUUGUCAACAGGAUGUGUUACAGAGGAGGAGAAGAUUCAGGAAUACCUGAAUCGUAGUGACACGGCUGUCAUCUACCCAGAGCCAGUGUCUGACCGCGAGGGUGAGGAGGAGGAGGAAGAUGACAACAGCAGCAAGAACGAACCUGACAGUGAUUCGCUGAUGCUACCUGGUGAGGAGGUGAUCCUGAGGUGUAUCCACUGUGACCAGAGUUUCAUGCGUGCCACUCUUCUGCGUGACCACAUGAAGAUGAUCCACCCGGAUAAGCCUAUAAAGUACCUGUGCCCAAAGUGUGAUGAAACAUUCCUUCUUAAAUCCCAACUGGACAAGCAUCUGGCCCUCCACUCACCGACAUCCCAGUCUUGCAAGAUCUGCAACAAGACUUUCGCCAAUGUGUACCGCCUCCAGCGUCACAUGAUCAGCCAUGACGAGAGCACAGACCUGCGUAAAUUCAAGUGUCCUGAGUGUGGUAAGGCCUUCAAAUUCAAACAUCACCUUAAGGAGCAUGUCCGCAUCCACAGUGGCGAGAAACCAUUCCAGUGUCCAAACUGCGGUAAGCGAUUCAGCCACUCAGGUUCCUACAGUAGUCACAUGACAUCCAAGAAGUGCUGGGUGAUGAACCAGAAUAAACCAAGAUCGCUGGACCAGAACAGUAAUGCCGAGACAGCCAGUGUAUCCUAUUCCCCAAUUCGUACUCCAGUCACCGCCAUUGGUAUGGAAACCAUGAUCCAGAGUCUAACUGCUGGCAAGUUCUCACCUGCAUUUCUACAUUUUGAUCCGACAAAGGGAGGCCUUCCUUACUACACUCCUCCCAGUGGAUAUCUCCCCAUGGCAUACACAGUGAGACACGGAAACCCCAUCAAACCCAUUAUGACCCCAAUGAUCCACCAUCAGAAGCCCCUGGAGUGUCAACCCACAUCAGUACCCAGCACCAGCCCCUCAACUUCAAUGCCAUUGUCACAGAUCUCUCCAGAUGUCAACUCUAACACUCAGCUCAUCAGCAAGCAGGCCAGUCUUCAGGUAGAUGGAAGCAUUCCUAUUCCAGCCUCUGUUGCUGCCACCAUCGCCGCUACUGUAGCUGCUUCAUUUGCAGAGACUCGUACUACGCCUGUCAGUGCCAGGAAAGAAGCUACACCUACAGAUAAACCUGUGUCACCUCUUCCAUGCAACAUCAAGACAGAGAAAUUUACGGACUCUGAGAUGGAUAUUAGUGAGAAACCAGAGCUGAUGCCAGAUACUUCUAGAAUCAAGCAGGAGCACCAGAAUGGGGAAGGCACGCCCUGUCGAUUCUGUGGUGACAGCUUUCACAGUCCUGUGGACCAGCACCAGCAUGAACGGUACCUCUGUAAGCUAAAUAAGGAAAUCAUCCAUCGCAUCCCAAGCGGAGAGAGUGCCAGGAACUCGCCCUGUAGCACAAUGUCAGAGAGUGGCAGCCAUCGUGACACACCAAAUGGGAGCAUCAGUGCUGAGGCUGAGACAGACACCGAGGAGAUAGAAGAGUUAUACAAAUCUGAGAAGAACUCGCCCAUGGAGAGCAAGAAAUUUCGCAUGAGAUCACUCAUCAGCGAUGAUCAGCUGAAGGUCCUCAAGUCUCACUACCAGGUCAAUCCUCGCCCAAGGAAGUACGAGCUCAUCCGCAUUGGAAAUGAAAUAGGACUUCCUAAGCGUGUUGUACAGGUAUGGUUCCAGAACCAGCGAGCCCGGGAUCGCAGACGAGGCAUGAACGUUCCGUAUUUCCCAUCCAUGGCCAGGUUCAAGCGACAAGAAAGUCCCUCAGCCCAGUGGAAGGAGACUACACCCAAGACAUCCACUCCAAACUACAUAGCUGUGGUGCCAACACCCUAUGCGCAUGGAGUCAAGGUCAAUGGCAAGGUCACACCUCCAAAACGUACACCUACUGGUGAAGAACAGCCUUUGGAUCUCAGUGUGAAGAUGAAUAAACCGCCAGAUGCUCAUUCCGGAAGUCGGUCAUCCAGCGCCACACCACCUAGUAGCCGCUCAGGGGAGACAACCAGCCGUCCAGGGGACCAAGUUUUGAAUCUUAGUACUCGAGUAGGUGACGCCAGCAAGCCAGGUGUGGAAGGCAGUCUUCAGAACUCGGCCAUUUACAAAUAUAUGCAGCAGGAGGGUUUGUUUGCCGCUCACAGACAUCUCCUCACCAAUGCCAUACUGACGUCGUCUCCUAGUCUAAUUCGUCCACUUUCUACACCCACCAUUCCAAGGAGAGAACUCUCUGUCACACCAACUCCAUCCAUCUCAUCGCUUAGUGACAUUGCCAGAAGCCACUGUGAACGUGCACGAUCUACGCCCAGCGACAAAUUUGAAAACUCGUCUGAUGGACACCACCGUGACUUUGAGAAUGGCAGAGAAGGGGAUCACAGACUUGUAAUCGACGAACAAUCGGACAUGUCUGAAGACGACGACAGUAGCCAUAGCUAUGAGUGCAGCACUGCAAUGGCUGAUGCGACCUGUAACCUUUCGACCUUGGCUGAGGUCAGUCUUGCAGAACACCACAACAUCACAAUGACUGCCGACGGCGAGAUCAAGGUCAAAAGGUUACGCAAGAAGUCGUGGCGACAGGUACACAGCUAUAUGGAAGCUGAGGAGGCUCAGUUGGAGCUUGAUGAGUCCUUAUUGGAUGAGGAUCACCCUUUCCGUAAGAAACGUAGAUCUUGGAAAAAUCACCGCCUGGACUCCGAGGAGGGCUUGUAUGCUUGUGAUCAGUGCAAGAAGAUGUUCAGCAAGCAGAGUUCUCUGGCCCGCCAUAAAUAUGAACAUUCAGGAGCCCGACCAUUUUCAUGUGAGCUUUGUGGAAAGGCCUUUAAGCACAAGCACCAUCUGACUGAGCACCGACGCCUGCACAGUGGUGAGAAGCCCUUCCAGUGUAAAAAGUGUGGCAAGCGUUUUAGUCACUCCGGGUCAUACAGCCAGCAUAUGAACCACCGCUACAAGUACUGCAAGCCAAUGAGAGGCGAGGAGGGCCAUGAUGACCACGAAAGCCAUGAUGGACACGAAAUGAUGGACCUUCAUGAUGGGUCCUCCUCACCAUAGGCUAACCAAUUGUGUUUAAUCUGAAAAAAAAUGUCUGCUUGAGGUUGACCAAUCCAGUGUCAUCUAGCAAAUAGGGAGCUGUCUGUCUCUGCAAAAACAUUAUGUGAUGGAUGCUGAUUGGUUCAUAUCUAUAUUAAUUGACCAAUCAUUAUGACUUGUACAAAAGAUAUACAUGUGUGUAAAGUGACUUUAAAUGAAUGCUGAAUUAUUGACCAAUCACAAGUCCUCUUAUUUCAAGAGUGCAGCUGCUGUCUCAUUCAUUGAGAAUAUGAAUAUUCAUGACUUGUAUUUAGACUUGAUUCCAGUAUUUUUGUGUGCUUCAUAAGUGGAAACAAAUUGAUACUUUAAUGGAUAAUAUCCCUAAUCAUUCCUGUCAUACACGUGUUGUCAUUUGUUCAGUUUUGGUAACUUAACAUGUCAUAAAUCACAUUUCUCACCUCUCAUUUGUCAGCCAUUUUGAAAUUCAUGUUGCAACGGAGUUAUCUCUAAUUUUGACACCAUGGAUAAAGAUACAAUUUGUGCACGAAAAGAAGGCAAAUAACUGUCAAAAUUUGCUAGAAUUUCUCAGUUCACAUUUAGUGCUGUAUUUUAAAUAUGUUAGCAAGAUAAAGAGCCCAAUGUAAUGCUUGCUUUGUAAAUAUCUCAAUGUAUCCAUGUGUUGCAAGUUUGAGAUAUUUUUGCAUAGUGCUUGAGGUAAAGCCAACCAGAGAUUUUGAUGGUUGAUAUUCAAUUAUUGAAUGAACAAAUCAGAGUUCAUGUUUCAUAUUUCAUUGGCUGACAUUUUGAUCUGAUAAGACUGUGAGACUGUGAUGCUGACUUUUUGUGUAUUCUGUUUAGGUAAAGCAUACCUUUGUUGUUUUAUUUUUGUAACAAAUCAUGCAAAGUGUUUUUCACUUGACAAUUCAUUGUUGAUCUGUUGUAGGGAUAAGUCAUCAAAAAUGUUGUCAUUUGCAAAAAUGGACACGUGUGACCACUUAAGCCUGUGUACUGUACCAGUAUCAUAUGUAUAAGGUUAUGAAGCAAGACAUAAGUUUCGAAAUAUGUCUGUUGACUUCAGAAAUUCAAUAUGAUGAAUCUUACACAGCAACUGUAUCAUUUCGUCAAGUUUACAAAUGAUUUGUUUUCAUAGUUAAAAAUCUUCAGUUUCAUGUAUUUUAACUUUGUUACGAUUUUGUAAUGUAGUUGGUUUGUAAUGUGUUAACAUUGUCUGUAAAAUUUCUAUUUGUUUCAUAAGUGACAAUGGGACCAUACAUAUGUUAAUGAUACCUUGAAGUUGUUCAUAGUAAAUGUAUUAGAUGAAGAUGUUAAAUGUAUGAAAGGGAUUCCUUGCUUGGUGUUUUGGUUGGAAAUCAACAAACAACCAAUCAGUACUUGAUACUAAAUACUCAAUUAAUUAACCAAUAGAAUUCAUUGUUAAAUAUUAGAAUUCAAUUGGUAACCAAUCUAGAUUAGAAUUUGUUGUCAAUCAAAAUCCUUUUUCUUUCAUGCCAUACAAUAUCAUGUGUUUAUUCUGUUUAUUUUUUCAUAUCACAUUCUUGUCAUGAAGUAUAUUCAUAUUCGGUUUUAUUAUCACUCAUUUUGAUGUUGCAUGCUCAGAUAUUUUUUAAUGAUUAUACAUUUUACUUGGAUGAGUAAAAAUGAUUAUACUGGUUACUUCAUAGCAAUUUCUUAGCAAUGUGUUCAAUCCUGCUACGUACCUCAUCCUUUAAGUUUUUAAGAAAUUAUCCAUACAAACACAUUUCAAUCUUGUUAAGGUUGAAAUUUCAACACUUCAUUUCUGACAGUUUUAUCUUUAUACUUAAAAGAUCAAUUUUAUUGUUAUUUUGCAAUAAUGUUUGUGCAAUGAGAACGUCAAAUUUUGUUUAAUUUAUUUUCACAAGUUUUAAUUCUGUUAUACUUGUAACACUAUGAGAUGCCGUAUCUUGCUAUCUUGUUACAAAUGACUGAAGCACUUUAUGUGGUUCUGCAUAUUAAAAUCCCACCGUGUUAUUUUAGAAUUCUAGACUUGAGUAUUAAUAUCCUACUACUGCCAAAUUUUUAUGUUUAUUUUUUACCGCAAGAACUUCUGCUAUUCAUUUGUAUAUUUUGUGACUCAAGUUCUUCCAAAAUAUCACAAAUGUGAUAAUAGAAUGGUAUAAUCCCUCAGUAUAGCUAGUACAUGUACCUCACAACAGUUGAGGUUGUUGCUGAUGCAGUUUGACUUUUAAAAAUGUUGCUUUCAGGUGGAUAAUUGAUAAUUUUAUCCCUUGGACAGUAUUUACACAUGUAUAUGGAUAGAUGAUGAGAAAACCAUGGCAAGUCUCAAACGUGUAUGUUAUCUGUGUAUAAAUUGUAAUUAACUUAGAUUUUAGAACUUUAUUUAGUACAUAUUGAUUUCUAUGAUCUGCUAGAAUAUUUUACUGAUUUCAGAUGGUGUCUAUGUUACUUGCAAAUAUUUUCUAAGAGUUAUAUGUGUGAUGUACUUGUAUAUAAAUAUAUACUCUUUUAAUUUUUUAUAACAAUUUUCAAAGGUUGUUUGUAAAUAGAACAGAAAAAUGCUCUGGUACAAUAUAUUCGAACAAGGGACAUAACUCUCCACUUUACGAUGUUUUUUCGGGUCAUAUGCCGGUGGUAAAGUUAAAUGAAAAUUGAAAAUUUCUGAAAGUUUAUCCCUAAAACAUUUUUUGAGCAGAAAGUAAUGAAAUUGGAGAAACUUUUUUGAAAUUUGAGCUUUUAAAUUUUGGAGUAAUACUCAAUUAAUACUUAAUUUGAUUUUGGACAGAUGUACUAGAGAUGUUUCACUCCUGUGUUGUUGCUAUGUCAUGUGUAUGUGUGCUUGUGUGUCUGAAUGCUAAAUGUAAAAUUAUAAAAUCAAAAAAAUGAUCAGGCCAAGGAAAGUAUUAACUUCUGAUAAAUUAAAACACAUCCCUUUAAAUAAUAGUCGAUUGUGGCAUUCAUUUAGUAAUUUUAACAGUAUCACAUGAUGAGAAAUACGAUUUAACUAUACAAGACAACAUUUCAAAUUUUGCAAACCCAUUGGUUUCGAGUACAUGUACCAGUGUUUAUUAGAGAUUUCUAUUUCUAUCUUUCGACAGUAUCACAUCAUUAGAAAUAAGGCUGAAAAGUUCAAAAAAGAAAUUUUGUAAAUAUAAAUUCUGUAACAGUUAAUUUAUAGAAACAAUUUCUGCAUGAUAAUGUUUGAUUGAGAAUACUAUGAACUGAUUUUAACUCCAACAUACUCUUAAAUUGAUUUGUAUUUUGUUAAGCUUUGUUUUUUUGAAUGCCAAUAAUUUAUCGGAGAUUAAUCGCUUACCUGCUAUGGCCUGACGACACAUCAAAAUCCGUGGUAGUCUUCCAGUGUUAAAGUUUGUUAUUGUUGAUGUUUAUUUGUUGAUUUGUUAUCUUGUUGGAUUAGGUUUAAUUACACCAGACCUUGGUGUCUAGAUAGAUUAAAGUUGUGGAUGUCAUUUACAGUUGUCAGAAACUCAUAGUCUCCUCCUCAUGUUAAGGAUUCAUUCCAGUUCUCAAGUACCUGUCUAAAUUUUAUACUUCUCACUCCUCUCGCUCAUGCAAAACUUUUUUUUGUAUCUCGAUAUUGUUAGAAUUGAGUAAUUCUCACAGCUUAGUUUCAGAUUUUGUAAAAAUGAGGUGACGAGAUUCGGAUUCAUUGUAGCAAAACAUUAUUGUAUUGAAUUAUUUUGAAAUCAUAAACGACAUUGUUAUUGCUUCUGUAGUGAAAAUCUCUGUAAGGUUCGGUGAUUUUUCCAUGUUUGGGAGUAAGGCCAGUGUCUCACAGUUGUUUUUUGCAUCACUGGUUAAAAUAAUUCACAGUCGUCAGGAACAGACAUUCUUGAACAAUUGAUACCUACUUAUGUGCCAAAUAUUCUUGUUUCUGACUCUAUUUUAAAGGUCACAUUUCCUGAUGAUUGACCUUCAUGGUGAAUUCAUUUGUGCCAAAAUGAAAAACAAUUCCUGUCUUGUUGUAUGUGGCUUUUGUUAUCAAGCUGGUCAUAGUGAUGUUGUGGGGUUUAGGGGUAAACUGACCUGUGGUCAAAACUGUAGAUGGGUUGUUUCAAGUCACCAUUUCUAAAUACACCCUUUUUCUUCAGUUAUUAUAUUGAAAAGUUAAUAUUUUCAUGAAAAAAUAAUUUGUGCCACAGCUAAAAUGUCUUGUCAACGUUUACAAAUCUAAGGGAGACUAUCCACUUAAAAAAUCAUAGGUCUUCAUUUUAAUUUUUUAGCUGGAUAUUCUUUAAAAAUGAAAACGUGUAUGUUGUCAAAGGUUUGUUUGUUGUGUACGUGUUGAUAAAUAUUCCUUGUCAAGGUUUCCUUGGACAUCUAACCUAACAGUAUUAAAGACUGAUGUCUUCCUGAUAAAUAUUCCUUGUCAAGGUUUCCUUGGACAUCUACCCUAACAGUAUUAAAAACUGAUGUCUUCAAUUAUGUAAUCCAUGUAUAUACAGUUGAUAUAUCCUCGGACUUCCAUUUCAAAUAAGUCAGUAUAUUCCACAAUAAUCAUUAAUAUAUUCCUCACCCCUUUGUAUAAAAUCCAUUUUCCAUUCUUUAACAUUAUUUAAACAAAUGUUCAAACAAUAAUAUUGAUAUUUUGAGGUCAAAAAUUAAAUGUAGUUUUUGAAAUUUCAUUGUUCAGUUAAUAGCAUUACUGUAAAAAAAAUCGGGUUUUGAUUCCAGUUUGAAUAUUCACCAAUCUUUGAUAUGACUGCAGCAUCUUAAUAUCUAUAAGAUCUUACAAGAUUUGUGAAGUUUUUAAAGUUUAAAAGACAAAAAUUACCUAUUAACAUUAUUGUUUGAACUUAAACAACCGGGUACUGUAAAUCACCAAAUCUGAAUAUUUCCUUUCUGCAUGUGAUGUUUUCAUUCGUGAAUGAAAUAUUCAGGACAUUUUGUUUAUUCAUGAAUGAAAACCUCAUGAGACGUUUUGAUUUAAAUUCAUAAUACAUGUCACAAAUUUUGAGUGAUAAACAGUAUCUAUCAAUGUUAUGGUGUUAAGUGUUGAGAAAGGUUUAAGGUCAGUGUGGCCUUCUAUAGCCUGGUUUCUUUGAUGCAUGUUCUGUGUACAUACUAACUAUUUAUGUCUCUUUGUGCCAAUAUUUCUUAAAAAAUAAAUCUGAAAAAUUACGAUCCUAAUGUUUGAAAACAAUAAAAUAUGAAAAGAAUAAGUGAUGGUUUUCCACCUGAAUGAAUCUUUAAGUGAAUAGUUAAGUGAUGGUUUUCCACCUGAAUACAUCUUAAAGCGAAUAGUAUUGUGAAAGUGUUUUACUGCUAAAUAGUAAUUUUACUGCUAAAUAGUAAUAGUUGCUUUAUCGUGGACAUACAAAAUUAACGUCACCCACUAAAAACAGUAUUACAUGUGUUUUAUAUAAUAAAUAAUGUGCCAAUGAUAAUUUCCUUUUAACAACCUGUAAAUGAAUUUCCAUUUAUAAAGUCCUGCAUGUAUUAUCACUCAAAUAUGUAUUUUUGUUCUGAAGCAGUUCUAUGUGCCAAUAUCAAAAAUAGAAAAAAAAUAAUAAUACUCAAACCGUUCAGUAUUCCAAUGCUGUGAAUAAUUUUGUCUUCCUGAAAUAUUGUUUACAAUCAUACGUUAGAAUGUUAACCUUAGUUUAGUUGCCCAGUAAUGCCAAUAGCACAGUCCUCAAAACCAUGUCAGUAUUUCCGUGCUUUUAAUAUCCACUAGUCGUCUUCCUCAAAUAUCGUGUACAUGUAUUUGUUAGAAUAUUUACUGUAGAUUUAGGACUGAAGUGUGAACCAGUGUCAUCAAUUCUCAAGAAAGUGUCUUCCAAUCACUUAACAAUUCUCAUUUGUUAAAAAUGACAUUAAAUAAGCUCAAAGAAAAAUUACAUAAGAAUUUCGUGUAUGCCAAAUAACUAUUAAAUAAAAAAUACAUGUUUUAAAUAAAACCCUGUUCUUGCAAUACCAAAUCAUUUUAAAUGUAUCGCUUCAGUAUUAGAAUAUGUUAUAUGUGUAUAUACAAUGUAAAGUGUAAAUAUUAUCCUAAGUUGAAUCUUGUGAAAGCAUAAUAUUGAAUUGUCCCUUGUCAAAGCAAAUAAUCUUGUGAAUGCAUAAUAUGUAAUAUAUUAUUUCAAAUUUGAUAAAUUCAGAAAUGUAAGAAUUUGAAAUCAGGUGUUUUAGAUGCAUGUAAACUUUACUUAUUUAAUAUAUAUCCAAUAUCCACGCUUGUUUUGUAUUUAGUAUAGUGCUUUAUACUGUUGCAUAAAAACGUGUUUUCUUCAAUAUUCAAUUCAUAAAGUCAUGCAUGUAUUACUUGUAUUUAGUAUUUACAUAAGUCUCAGUAUGCCAUAGUGAAAUUUGCAAUACAAAAACGGCUUUAAAUGGCAAUUAAUCAAAAUAUGUAGUAUCUUGUUGUCUCCUUAGUUCUAUCUUAUGUGAAUUUCUACGUUGCCAUAAUAUUUAUGUAUUAGUUUAUCGUUAGUUAAAUAUGUAUAAUAAGUGUGUACUGCCCUGUGGUUAGUAUUUACUUGUAGAUCAUCGUCCCAGAUCUUAAUCCUUUAUACGAGACUUGCCAUGGUUUCAAUUAAAUCUGUUCCGUUACUUUUGACAGCUUCCUCAGAAUUACAGGUGUCAGAUACCUGUAAAAGUCACAAGUGCCAAACAGAGAACAUAGUCCCAAGUAUUACUCCUAUUUUACAGGGUUUUGCCAUGUUUUACUUAUACAAUCUGGUCAUAAUUUAUUUAAUGAAGCAGCAAUAUAACCAUAGAGAUAAUUAAAUAGAUAACUAGUGUUGAAAUACAAUCAAAACCAACUGAUGAAUCUAAAACCUCAUCAGUAAGGAUUUUUAUGCUAUUUGAAAUCAAAGUUACUUAAUGUAAAGAUUCCUGUUGAUUAGGUUAGUUUUUGUUUCAUUGUUAUUUUCAAGUCAUUUGUUUUUUUACCCGAUUCCCAUUCAAAGACUCGAUCAUGAGUUUAAUCAAACAAUUUAGUAUCUAAGACUUACACUUAGAGAAAAUCAAUCGUUUGAAUACUUAUAACAAGAUGUUAUAUAUUAAAACAAAAAAAAUCAUACUUCAGAUGGUAAUUUUUGAUAUUUGAUUUAGAAAGUUUUAAUUAUUUGAAAUCCAUUAUUGAAAUCAUAUAAUAGAAAUUAUAAUCAUGUUAUUGAAAUCAUAAUCUCCUAUAUAUAUGUGUUUGUGAAUCAUUGUAAAAAGUGUAAUUAACUAUGUGUGUGAAUGUAGGUGUACAUCAGAAGGGAUGAGUCCGUUCUAGUCAGGUAAUACCAACUGGUAUACAGUGCAAUAUCACACAAUCCUUAUGUAUUGUAAGCUCCCGGUCAAAGUCGCCAUCUCGGAAUUCACCAAAAAAACAACAACAGAAAACAAGGGAUACCAAGGGAUAUAUAUGUGUAACCUAUGAAACAUUAUCAGAGAUUACACAAUUAGUUGGAAACACUAUAUAUUUUUUAAUGGUGAUGUUAUCGAUUUAUCUGAAAAAUUAUCUUUGAUUUUUUAUAAAUCUUUUUCCUAAAUUAAUUUAUCUCUGAUAAAAACUUCAUCACAUUUGUCAGAAGUGACAAUCAGUUGGAAACAAAAAAUCUCAUUUUCUGUUAAACAAUCUUUGCUUUGUAGAUUGAUCUAAAAAUAAUCUUUGAUUUUUAUUAUUCUUUUUUCAAAUUUGAUUGAUAGAGCUUUAAAUUAUUUUGAUACUGAAAUAAUACUCGGACCUUUUAAACUCCUGAUCAGAAAUUAAUUUUAAUUGUUAGAAAUUUGUUAGAAAUGGAAAUAAUACCCUUUAUUCUAGUCACAGUGUAUUUAUCAGACUUUAAUACUUAGGAUAGGUUGUUGUGUUGUUGGUCGUGUACUUUGAAUCAUUUAAAACAUAAUGUGUUUAAUUCCAAUUUUGAGAAGAACCAUUAUUCGAUUCAUUUGCCCAUUAAUGAUUUUAAAUUGUUUUGAUCAUGAUGUUUUAUUGAUGGAUGUUUAAUGAUGUAUUGAGGAGUUGCUAUUUACUACUCAUCAGCAAUAUACCGUUCUUGCCAUGGAUGUAAAUAAUUGAUUUGUAUCUCGAUAUUAAAAUAUAUAUGUAUAUUUGCUAAAUGUAUAUGUGUAAAAAUGAUUUUGUAAUGCAAACUGGUAUCAUGGAUAUUGAUUAUGAAUAUUUGUAUAGUGAAACUGAAAAAUAAAAUGACUAAAUCUAGUCUUGCUGAUUUGAUUUAUGACAUGUGUUGAAUGUAAACAUUGUUUUAACGUUUAAAGCCAGAUAAUGGAACACUCUUAAUUUUAAAAGAAUAUUUCAAUUUUUAGUUGUUACUGUUUCCAUCCACUCUGUCUAAAUAUUUUAUUUUACUGUUUUAUUAUAAAAAAAAGAUGCAUUGGAUAAUAUAUAGAAAUAAGAACAGAAAAAGUAUUUGGUUGCAAAGUUAAAUUCUAAACCGAAAAUAAAUAAAAGAAAAAAAAAUCAAAAACAAAAAUGUAAAUGAAUUUACUACAUGCAGAGGGAGGAGGAAGAUAUGUUAAAUUCGUAUUGUUGAAGGGAGAGAAAGAAAAUGUCUUAAAUUGAAAUUAUUUAGGGAGGAAGCUUGAAAAUAUUGAAGGGGAAAGGAAAAAAAAAUUCAACUUGGAAGUAGGAAAAGGAUUUGUCUGUUCUGUCAAAAACAGAAAAUUAGGAGCAGAGUGGUGGACCGAACUAUUCUUAGUGACCUUACAAUUAUUUUUAGACACCCUUACCUCACCUUUUAGUGUUCCAGCCAACUGGCAGCACUUGUUUAGAUAUGCAAAAUUUUACUUUAUUUUGAACCCAUCCUUUCCUAAAAAUAUUUAUAACUUUAACCUAUAUGUCACAAUUAUCUGUAUACUUAAGUCACACAGCAUAAAAAAGGUUAACAUAUUUGAGGAUUUGGGUUCAAAAAAGAAUCUGAUCUCUUAACAAAACAUUUCCUGUUAAUCAAUAAGGGAAAUUUUCACGGCCAUAUUUUCUUAGGGGAAAAAAUGUUUCUUCAUUUUCAAACAGUAUUUGAUAAUAGCAUUGCUCAUACAAGUAGCUUUUAUAUAAUUAAAAAUGAUAAACUCACUAAAGCUUUUACUAUGACUAUGUUUUAAGACGGGUUUACACCCAAAAAACAUACACUGUCUCAGAAUUUUUAUUUUUUCUAUCUAUGUGUUAUUUUUAUUUAGUUGAAUUUAUUCAAAUUUUACUUACAAAAUAUUGUACAUAGUACAUCAGAUUAUAUAUAGAAAGUGUAUUUUUGUGUAGAUGCUUCUAUAAGAUGUAACACUAGCGUUAGAUUCAUAUGGUGUAUAACGGGAAAAUUUCUUGUGUUUUUCUUCCACAAUUUGACAUUUACAAAUCAUUUCACGGAUGUGAAGUUUGCAGUUGGCUGGCAUGUGUACAAAUAUCACUAGCAGUACUACUAUUCCAUCUUUUCGUAUUGCAGAGUUAUCUGCUCUUGUGAGCAGGUAUUGAUUGUUACAUCAUUUAUUUGUGAGAGUUACGUCAUACAUUUUUGGGAAAACGACGUAAUUUUCUCACAAACUAAUGACGUAACAAUCAAUACCUGCUCACAAGAGCAGAUAACUCUGCAAUACACAAAGACGGAAUUUGCUGUUCCAUUAAAGUAUGGGUUAAACUGUGAAUAGAGAUACACAGGUAAAGCUUCUUGCUUUACACUACAUUGAUGUUAUAAAGAAAAUAAACUACUGCUAUAUUUGAGUGUCUUGAACUGAUCUGCUUGUAUAGACAAGUGUUUAAAGCUCACUAAUAGGUAAUUAUGAUAUUUUUAUGUGAAGGGAUUUUUAUUAAGGAAGCUCACUAUCUGAUAAUUAUGAUAUUUUUAUGCCAAAGGACUUCUAUUUAUGGAAAGUCUGACAAUCUUUUUUGUUGUCAAUGAACUCAAAUAUCUUGGACAUAUUUUUAACAGGUGGAUAAUAUCAAAUGUAUAUGUACAGAUGUUACAGACAGUGUAUGACUACUUUUAUCAAUAUGAAAUUCGACAUAUGGUUAGUUGUUUCCAAUUUCAAUCAGGUAAUAGAAGAUUAAAUGAAUUGACUGUUACUUCUAAUUAAGAACUAGUGUUUUUAUUAACAGAUAAGAUUGAAGUUCUCCAUAAAGGUUUAGCGGUCUGUAGAAUUUUUGAAUUAAAGCUAAUAUUGAAAGACAUUCAUAGGAGUAUUUUCAUCACUUAGGGAUUAUUCCCAACAGAAAUGUCGCCCUAGUUAUGUGUGCUGUGGAGAAGGACAGCAGUGUAAACAUUGUUAUUGUCUUGUACUAUUGUCAUGGUAUCUUAGGUUUGCAUGUUAGGUUACGUCAGUACAACUUAGUCUAGUUCUAUGUGGAUUAUUUCACCGACUCCUUGUCAAUGAUACCAGCAUCCUUUCGAUCAUGUGUAUAUUUUGGAGUAAUUGAUCAGUUGAAUCAGAUUGUAUUCAAUAGAUCUUGGGUAUAUGUGUAUAACAUUCAAUCCAAUUUUUUGACUACUCAAAUUGAUCAUGUAAGAACAGAAUUCUACAUGAUUUUGUGAAUAUUAAAAUCAACUGAUAUUCUUGUGAAUAUGCUACAUUUGAUUAUGUAAUAACACCUACAAUUUGAAAUGUAGAUAUAUGUAGAUUUUUUGCUCAAAUGAUGGCAAUAGGUACAAACGUUUUGGUUUUCAUCUAUAUAAGUAAUUUUCUCUUGAGCAAGAUCUAGAAAAGCACCAUAAAGUUGUCACAGAAAUUGUGAUGUUUUCCAUCCCAUGCAUAUCUAUUGCUAUGGCAAAUUUCCAGUCCCUCGCCCCAGGGGCACUUUCUUGUUAUGAACAAACAUUGUUAGGACAUGCAUUGCUAAUUCCAGAAAUCUGUAAAUAGAUUUCUCACAUCUUUAAGGAUAUUAUUAAAAUGUGAAUGCAUUUUCCUUUCCAAUAAAAACGUAUGCAAAAAUA